UUAAGCCUCUCAGUAUCCCAAGGCUGGAGCUUUCUGCUGCAACACUAGCUGUCAAAGUCAAUUUAGAAAUACAAAGAGCGUUUCCAUUCGAUUUUAAGCCAGACAUCUUCUUCUGGACUGAUAGCACUACAGUGUUGAAAUAUAUACAGAAUGAGGCAGCGCGAUUUCAUGUGUUCGUGGCAAAUCGUUUGGCAGUUAUACGAGACGGCUCUUCAAUAGACCAAUGGCGAUGGGUUCCUUCGGAGUUAAACCCAGCCGACAUUUUGUCACGCGGGUGCGAUGGAACUACCCUUCUCAAAGAGUGUAUGUGGCGUCAAGGUCCAUCGUUUCUACUUGAAUCACGGGAGAAAUGGCCCCGAUUCCCUGUCUUAGAAGAUAAUGCAGAGGACCCUGAACUAAGAGUGACCACUGUUGCAUUAAACAGCCGAACAGAAAAUGAAACAAAGAUUCAAAAGAAUUCGAGCAUUCAAAAAUUGAUUGAUCAUUAUUCCUCGUGGCAGCGUUUGAAGAGAGCAGUUGCGUGGGUACGACGCGUUAUAGACACAUUGGCUGGUAAACAGAAAUCAGCACGAGCAUCAGAGCUGACUGUAACAGAGCUAAAGUCAGCCGAGAAUAUUAUCAUCAGGGAACUUCAGGGUCAGUACUAUGCGGAGGAGGUAGAGAAUCUGAAAGCAGGACGGGAAGUGCGGCGGUCCAGCAGCCUUGUGUCUUUGGACCCCACGUUGGAGGAUGGUCUUCUGCGAGUAGGAGGUCGUUUAGGGCACGCGAUGGGCGUGGCCUAUGAAAGUAAACAUCCUUUGAUCAUUCCAAAUAAAGGGCGAAUUCCGGAAUUAAUCAUACGGGAUAUUCACGAGAGGAUUGGCCAUGCAGGUCGUCAAUGUGUCCUGGCGGAAUUGCGUAAGAGCUUUUGGCUAAUCAAAGCCAAUACGGCGGUUAGGAGAUGUCUCCACCAAUGCCUCCGCUGCCGCAGGCUUUUUCGUACUACGGAGACGCAAAAAAUGGCUGAUUUGCCUGCAGAUCGAAUACAGCAAAGUGAGCAGCCAUGGGUGAGUACCGGGGUAGAUUAUUUUGGACCAUUCUAUACCAAGAGAGGGCGUGGACAGGUCAAACGUUACGGUGUCAUUUUUACAUGCUUGGCCAUUCGCGCCGUCCACCUGGAAGUAGUCGAAAGUUUGUCGUCUGACUCUUUUAUAUGCGCCCUCAAGCGCUUCGCGGCCAGGCGGGGCUCACAAAUAAGAAUCAUGCGUUCUGACAACGGGACAAAUUUUGUGGGAGCGGAUCGUGAGCUGAAAAAAGAGCUCGAGUUUCUUGUUCAGCAUGAGGCCCAAAUUCGGAGAGACUUGAUAAAUCGAGGUAUUGAAUGGCGUUGGAACCCCCCUGGUGCCUCUCACUUCGGAGGCGCAUGGGAGCGAUUGAUUAGGAGUGUUCGUAAGAUACUGAGCGGUUUACUCAGGGAGCAAACAUUUACUGACGAAACACUAACCACAUUCCUUUGUGAAGUGGAAAGCAUUAUGAAUAAUCGACCCUUGGUACCAGUGACAAGUGACCCUCGAGACGACCUGCCGCUAACGCCCAAUCACUUGCUGCAUUUACGUUCUGUUUUGCUACCAGCCUCAAUGGUGACAGAUAUAGAUGCGUUUAGCAAAAAGAACUGGAAACGAGCAUCGUUCCUUGCAGAGCAGUUUUGGCGACGUUGGCGUGCGGAAUAUCUCCCAUUACUUCAGCCAAGGGCCAAGUGGUCAAGGCUCCAGACAAAUUUGCAGGUAGGCGAUGUGGUGCUUAUUGUUGACAGUUCAGUUCCGCGGGGUGUGUGGCCUCUUGGCUUGAUAGAAGAGGUCAGAACAAGCACUGACUCGAGGGUACGAUCCGUCAAAAUCCGGUGUAAAGGUACCACGAUUUGGCGGCCUGUUCAAAAGCUAGUUAAAAUCACGGAAAGUUAAAAAUAUCUCAAUCUGAAUAAAUUUGAUCCCAUAGUAUCAAAUGGGCCGGGUGUUAAAGCCGAGUAUCUUUUUAUGUUGGCUGCAAAAUGGAUCUUAAUCUGUCGAGUUUUUCUUCUGUUGGCAGGUAUCUUAUGUUAACGGCACAUGUCUUAUAUAUAUAUUUUUAGCGUUUGUCUCGUGAGGUCAGAUUUAAUUUGCUGAUUCAAUUGUUGUUUCGUUGGCCAGAGAUUAUGUUAUUUUUCUAGGUUUUGGUAUCGCUUUUUUGUCAUUUUUAUGUUUUAUGCUUUUGCGUCCGUUUACAAAAUCACCAAAGGACAGUGAGCGGGUGAGCGGCGCGAAGCGGAACGAACGAACCUGUACGAACGAACGAACUUAUACGAACGAACGAACCUGUACGAACGAACGAACUUAUACGAACGAACGAACUUAUACGAACGCCAACGAACGAACGUUAAAUCGGCGGUGUCAAGUUCAUGCCGGUGGCUGCAGACCUGAAACAAUCCAAAACCGUUUUUAAAUACAAUGAGUAUUGGAUCCUGAGGCUCCACCGGUAAAAGUAUAUUUAUCAGACACACCAGAGUUGUUGAAAUACAUCGAUAGAACCAGAGGCGAAAACCAACGACCAAACGAAAAACAGAAGAGAUAAAACAACGAAUUAGUUAUUCAAGUCACCAAAACAGACCACAGCUUCAGCAGAAAGCAACAGCCGCGUCUGGAAGCGAUUGGAAGCGAGCGGAACCGACAACAAAGCCCUCUAUCGUUAGUGGCAGUGGAUCCUGACCAAGGCUCUAUACGAGUAUGCCUGACAUCCUGACGACCACGGUAGCCCCGAUCACCCAGUCUGCACUCUGCAGGGCAUCCUUGGCGAUUUUUUCAGCCGUCUGGUGGUGAUUCGGCCGUAACCCGACCGACAAAAUCCCUAUCGGCGGCGAUCUGGGGAAAAAUUCUCUCGGCGGCGGCUGGUCGGGUGCGGGCGCCCACCAGCAGCAGUGCGGCGAGUGGAGGUGGCUCGUGGGACCGAUGGUUAUCUCGGCGGCUCGUGACGGUGACGGGCGGAGGGGCAGGCCGCGGCGUCACGCCGUCACGAACGGACACUGGAGUGCCGCCGCAGAGGAGCGGGCCGCGGGAUUCACCUCACGACGCCCGGAGUCUGCGCCACCACCUGACUGCUGCUGCAGCGUGAACGAGGUGUCAGAGAUGGGAGAUGAACGGGCUGGGAGCAGGAGAGGGACCGCUAGGUUUUGUCAUCUUCUCAGAAAUGGCUUAGCUGCAAACGGUGAAUGACAGAGGUGCGGCAAAGCAUCGUGAUAUCACAUGGAUGCGUAUUAUGACAAUAAUUACGGAGCGAGCGAAGCGA